CUUAACGAAAAGUACACACUGGUUUCCUUUUUCGUAAUAGAACGUAUUGACUGACUUAUCAUUUACAAUGUAACUCUAAAGUAGUGGAGAUGAAAUUAGUUUUCCUCGUUAUCAUUAUCAUUAUUAUUAGUUCCGUUAGUGAAAAUAUUAAUCGGAAAAGUCAGCUCCCAAAACGACGGCGAUCUUUCAGCGCCCUAGUUUUCGCGGGCGCCAACAAAAACAAUAACAACAGCGUGAGCACGGAAAACUGUAGGUGGCUGAGAGGGGCGAAACAUCAAAGACGCCUGUGCGUUCGCAGGAAGGGGCUGCAGGCCGUCCUGCUGAAGAGCAGGGAGCUGGCGGUGGACUCCUGCCAGAAGGAAUUCGAGUAUGACCAAUGGAACUGCAAGAACUUCAAAGCCCACUCAAACAAAAAGAUCUACCGCGAGACGGCUUUGAUGACAUCGUUCGCCACCUCGGCGCUCCUGCACACGAUCGCGACCGCUUGCGCUCGCGGUGACCUGCCCGACAUCUGCAAGUGCGCCGUCCACGUCAAGCCGCCGUACGGGGCGGCGUGGCGAUGGGGCGGCUGCAGCGACAACGUCAAGGCGGCCACGCGCUUCGUCAAGCGGUUUUUGCAGCUGAACAAAGCGGGCGACGCUCGGACUGACUUGGAGAAGUACAACGCCAGGCUGGGGUUGAUGGUGAUCGCCAAAAACGAGGAGAAGAUCUGUAAAUGUCAUGGGAUAUCGAACUCUUGCACACACAGAACCUGCUGGAAACGUCUGAAACCGUACGACGUAGUGCCGAAAAUCUUGAAAAUUUACUACCACAGCGCCAUCAUCGUGUCGACCACCAAAGCUCCGUCCGAGGUGGACUCGCACAAAUGGAAACUGCGCUACCUCCACGAAAGUCCGAACUUCUGCCACUUGACCGUCGGCCGGCCUUGCAAGAGCAGAGAAAACUGCGCGACGCUUUGCUGCAGCAGAGGAACGCACCCGCCGAUCGUCAAGCAGAAGUCUUUUUGGUGUAAUUGCAACAUGAGCUCGAGCAUAGAUGUCACUUGCAAAGUUUGUUCCGAGAACAAAACUGUCUUGAUUUGUAAAUAAAAUAUAUAGAAAAAAGGAUGCUGUUUACUUGUUUACUUGUUUGGUGGGGUUCCCCGUGCAUAGGUGGCGC